AUGAAACAAUGGGAAACUAAGAUUGUGGUUGUGAUUGCAUUUGUGGUGUUCUUCUACAAAUCGAAAUCGAAAUCGAGAUCGAAGUCGAUUAUGUUCUUCACCGAAGUUAAGGAUAAGCCUAAAGAUAGUGAUGCAGAUUUCAGUUCAUGGGAACAAAGGGAUGCUCAGAUCAUUUCCUUAAUGCUGAAUUGUACUGAACCCAAUAUCAGUUCCAACCUGCUGUAUUUGGAUACUGCCAAGGAGAUAUGGAACCGCCUCCAACAACUAUAUUCUGGUAAUAUCACCAAAAUUUAUGAGGUAUGUAGACAAUUAUUUGACCUUCGGCAAGGUACUCACAGUCUUGCAGAAUACUUUUCCCACUCAAUGGGAAUUUGUGAAGAAAUGAACUUGCAUCAGCCUAUCACCUCUGAUGUGAAGAGCAUACAACAACAACAUGAGGAUUUUAAUGAUGUUCAGUUUCUCACAGGGUUAUCACCCGAAUAUGAAUUUGUUCAUGCACAGAUUUUGGGUAGCCCUACACUUCCCUCUCUUCCUGAUAUGUUCUCCAGACUCCAGCGUGCUAUUCUAUCUAAUAGCACUUCUAGGAGUGCUUCAUGUGGUGUCACUGCUCCUCCUAGCAGUGAACGUUCUGCAUUAGUUGUGAACUAG